AUGGGGAGGAGGUCAAUAAACACCACUAAAAGUGGGAAGUAUAUGAAUCCCACUGAUCAAUUCCGAAAAGAAGCCAGGAAAAGGGAGCUUAAAAAGAACAAGAAACAACGUAUUAUGGUCAGAACUGCGGUUCUAAAAGGCAAAGAUCCAAUGAAACUACUAGAAGAGAUGGAAGUAAUAGACAGGAUGGAAUACAACCCAAUGCAGCCACCAUCUUUGAAUGAGAAGGUUCUUCGAGAAAAGAGGAAAAAGCUCAGAGAAACAUUUGACAGAGUGUUUAAAUUAUAUGAAAAAGAAAGGCCUGAAUAUGCAGUGGAAUUAAAAAAGGCAAAUAUAGAGUACGAAAAAACCCGUUCGCAAUUACAGCUAUUUUAUGAUCAGGUUCGAAAUGCAGAAAGAGUCCAGUUGGAUCAGAUUCCGUUGCCAGAUGCGCCAGUUGAUAUGUCAGCUCCAGGCACCAUCCCACUUCCUGCAGAGAUACCUCUGCACUUAUUAAUGACGGGUCUCCCUUUACCACUGAGUCAUAUACGUCCACAUUCAAUUCUGAAGAAAGUCUCUGCAUACGGGAAACCGAGCAGUGGGAUAGGUCCUCAGAUACCAAUACACAUAGCAAACCAGAAGAAAAAGCCGGCAGGACCUCCACCAGGCCCACCCCCUGUGCUCAGUGAGAGUGAAGACGAGAUGGAGGAAUAUGAUCCUGAACAAGGCAUUGAUCUUGGGAGAGUAGAUGUGGACUUGGAUCAUCCAGAUGACCUGUUGGACUCAAUCCCUGAGCCAGAUGAAUACCCUGUGAAAUCUAGACGCAUUCGAUUUGCUGAUGAUGAAGAUGAUGAUGACGAUGACGAUUAUCGGAGGUCAAGUGAUGAUGAGGAUAGUGAUGGUAAUGAUAGAAGUGCUAAAAGAGGAGUGAAAAGGAAAGAUAAGACAAAAAGGAAAGAUCCCGAAAGUAAAAGGUCAGAUACAGGAAAAAAGAAAGUUUCUGCUCUUCAGGCUAUGAUGUUAAAAAUGGCUGGCCAAGACACACAAGAGUUUGAAAAAGAUGAGACCAGUUCUACAUCGUCUUCUUCGUCUGUAUCUUCAAUGUCCGAUACAUCACCGCCGUCAUCAGAUGAUGAGGAGGAUGAAGUGAGAAGGAUCAGACUUUUGGAUAAAUUGGAAGAAGAAGAAAGAAUUCAGUCAAAAGAAAGAGAGAUUGCACAAAAGAAGGUGGAGAUCUCUCAGCUGGAUGACCGACCACCUGGGUUAGAAGACCCCGUUGACAGGCUGACAGAAGAAGAUGCUGCAGCCAUUUCAGCAGCAAAGCUGAUUGAAGAAGCAGAAAUGGAGGCAGAGAACAGACACCUCACACCGAAACUUCAGCCACCAGGUCCACCGCCAGGCCUGCCCCCAAAUCUGGUCAAUAUGCCUGGCAUGCCACCUGGUCCUCCACCAGGUGCACCACCCAUGUUCAUGCGUCCCCCGCCACCUCGAGGAGUUCCUCCAAGACUGAUGCCACCAGGGCCGCCUCCAGGAAGACCACAGGGCUUGCCUCCAGGACCUCCGCCAGGCUUGCCGCCAAACCUCAGAGCACCACCCUUGCGUAUUCCACCACCACUAGGUAUGCCUCCUCCAAUGCGUAUGAUGAGAAUGCCAGGAAUGCCGCCUCCACAAGGAGGCAUGCCGAUGAUGGGACCAAUCAACCCUAGUAUUUUGAGUGCACCUCCAAGUAUCCGGCCUCGAAGUAGUGAGGAUACGGCGGCUGCCAAGCCACAGAUCAAGAGCAAGAUGGGAGAUGUGACCAGGUUCAUGCCGACGGCUCUGAAAGUGAAGAGAGAGAUUCGGGACCAGAAGGGCAGACUGAGAGCUUCUGGUAAAGAGGAGGAGCAGAGAAUCAUUGGUGCCCAAGCUAAACCACAGCCUACACCUGCAGCCCAGCCUAAGACAAAGGAUGAUGCAUACGAUCAGUUCAUGAAAGAAAUGCAGGGACUUAUUUAA